AUGAGGUCUGAUUACAAAGCCUGCUUUCUCUUCUACUUUCUCUGCUUUUAUCCGACUGUACUCUCUCUAUGCUCAGUAAGAGUACAUUGUUUCAGUCUCACAAAGUAUCAUAUCACAGGAAUCCUAUACCUUUGGGUCUAGCUGCUUCCCCAGACACACACACACAUGGUCGGUGGGUCAGCUACGAUCUGGGUAGGGUUAACAUUAGGAUUGGUCUCAGUAGCUCUGACCUCAGUGCCUUUUGUCUUCAGGAACUCCUGUGAAGUGAAGAAGCUGGACAACCAGACUCCAUUACAGAACGCCUGCGGAAAAGUAAGGGUUCAUGUUCUUUACCAGCUCCUCAAACAGGAAAUGCUUCACUUGUCUCCUUUACUCUUUUCUCAUCAAGACAGCAAACUUUUUUUACGUUUAAAAUAAUGUUUUUCAGAUAAAUGUGUGUAUAUUUGCUGUCCUUGGCUAUCAUUGAAUCACAUAUGCAUGCAGGUAUACUGAUGGAACUGAGCCGUUCCAUCAGUAUAGCUCUGCCCUGUCCUCUACUCUACCUCAGCCUUCAGUAUACGUCAGCCCUGCUCUGGCACAGCACCAGGGAGCAAAGGGAGACUGCCCCAUUAUACAGUUGAAAAUGUCUCUGACUGUAUUUCCCUUCCCUGUCUGUCUGUAGGAGGACGACCACUGCGAGGCCCACGCCACAGAUGAGGAGAAGCUAGCCAGCACGGCAGGAGUCAGAGCAGACAGAGACCACAAAGGUAAGUGGAGGUUGAGGGAAUCAGACACACCCAAAUAUCAGUGUCUGUGUGAACUCAUGUGUUGGUUAAUCAAUGUCACAGGGAAGGUCAUUGUUUUCUUUCAUAGAACCCCCCAGUAACAGUUAUUAACUAGUAACUAAUUGUCAACAUCCACAAUAGCUUAAUUGGAUCCAAGGAAUCUGUAUGAGUGUUCCUAAGUUCCUGUGCUCUGAUCUGGGCUCCCUCCCCUCCCUCAGCUCAACCACUAGUGUAGGCUAUAUUAGCCCAACAGCAGAACCCUAGCAGUGUGACAGGAAGUAGACAGACUGUACCAGAUCAAUAGUCCCUCAGGCUGCAUGUGACACACUUCUACUGUAGCUCUGUUCUGUUCUGCUGAGCUGAGUUGGCCUUAUUGUCUGUUCUGUUCUGUUCUGCUCUGUCUAGUCUGGGGAGAUGUAUACAGUAGAAUCUGUCUGUCAUCUCAGGGGUUUAUUAUGAGACAGAAUUGUGUCAUGAUGUCCUCUGUGCUGCAGGCAUACACUGCCCCCUCCUGGUCAUGCAGCAGCAGUAGCACAUGGAGCUCCCAGUGACUGGAGUCAGAAUAGAAUAGAAUAGAAUAGUUCCUUAUGAGAAUACAGUGUGGGAUAUUUCACACAGAUACUUUUAGUGACAUUUCAUUUUUCUCUCCCAGGGACAGAACUGAGUGUGUCAGGCAGAUCAGAGGAGUCAGACUGCUGCUCUAUGGUGAGUACAACAACAUGCCCUGUUAACAGUCACAUUUAGCCCACUUCAGAGACCAAAGAUCUAGUGAUGGUUCCAUCAGAAUCAUGUGAUCUCCCUGGUGACCACUAGAUGGAGACAUCAGUUAGCCAGUAGUUUAGAACGCUGUCCUCUGAACACAUUAUGGUCAUGAUGUCACUGUAGUUAGGAGGGUUAACAAGUUCAGUUAGUGAAUGACUUAAUCACCAUCCCAUCUAGCUGAUCUUGGCCCAUCAUCAUCAUCAUCAUCAUGUUUCUAGUAGAUGUAGUGGAUUAGAGCUGUGUUGACAGUGAUGUUGAGGAGCUAGUGCUACUGUAUCUGGUUGGCUGAGAUGGUGAUGGUGACUGGCUUGAUUGGUCUACCCACCCGGUGCCUAACGGUGCUCUGUAACCCACUACAGUACAGUACCAUGGUAGCUUUACUCCCACACUGCACAUGAACUGACCGCGAGCUCCUCAGCCUGUCAUCAUCUCCAGCUCAUCAGGUGAUAGAGGGAUUGAGAUUACCAGACCCAUAGGAUUAGGAUAUGAGUGUGAGUUAUAAUCCAGGGAAGGACAACAGGAGGGCGAGGGCUGAGGGGUAGGGCGAGAGAAAGAGAUGGAAGUAACCACCCUUAACUCUGGCACUGAGGAACAAGACCUCAACUUCCAACUGCCAUCUCCCUCUCAGACUGCGUUUAGACAGGCAGCCCAGUUCCGGUAUUUUAUUUCACUAAUUGGUCUUUUGACCAAUCAGAUGAGCUCUGAAAAAUAUCUGACGUGAUUGGUCAAAAGACCAAUUAGUGGAAAAACGAUCAGAAUUGGGCUGCCUGUUUAAACAGCCUCAGAGUGCUAGAGUAGACCUGCAUCUCGCCUCAGGCUCUUGAAGGCAGAGCCAAUAUGAGAUGUCUUUGUACGGCUCUGGAUGGAGAUGAGAAUAUCACCACAACCCUCUAAUAAACACUAUACUACAUUGUACUAUAAUCGGUUUAUUACUGAGCGAAACACGCAGAUGGAAAUUACCUAUAAACAUACUGUUUAAACCUGCCACAUCCAGAAACAUUCACAGAUAGUGAAUUCAUGCUACAAGCCACACUGACAUUGUGACUAAAUCAGGAUUAGGGUCACUUUAAUCUAACAUCCAGUCAGGAAUUUAUGGAACUUCUCUCAAUCAAUUAAUCAAUCAAUCAAAUUUUAUUUAUAAAGCCCUUUUUACAUCAGCAGAUGUCACAAAGUGCUAUACAGAAACCCAGCCUAAAACCCCUAACAGCAAGCAAUGCAGAUGUAGAAGCCAGUGGCUAGGAAAAACUCCCUAGAAAGGAAGGAACCUAGAGAGGAACCAGGCUCUGAGGGGUGGCAAGUCCCCUUCUGGCUGUGCCGGGUGGAGAUUAUAACAGUACAUGGCCAUUAAGGCCAGAUUUAUCUCCAAGAUGUUCAAACGUUCAUAGAUGACCAGCAGGGUCAAAUAAUAAUCACAGUGGUUGUAGAGGUUGCAACAGGUCAGUACGUCAGGAGUAAAUGUCACUUGGCUUUUCAUAGCCGGGCAUUUAGAGGUUGAAAUAGCAGGUGCGGUAGAGCGAGAGAGUUGAAAACAGGGAGACACUGUGGCCCCGUCCAACGAUACCCCCGGACAUGGCCAACCAGGCACCUGCUCUGACACACAUCUCUCUGCAGUAUGAGGACUCCUGCCAGCUGAAGAAUGCCAAGCUGGGAGGAAGUGACACGCAGAAGACAGGAAGUGAGGUUCUAGACUCCAUUUGUAUCAGCGAGGCAGAGAAGAAGGCUGUUCUCACCCUCAUCAGAGGGGAGGUAAGUUAAACAACAGACCACACACAUGCAUGCACGUACACACACACACACACACACACACACACACACACACACACACACACACACACACACACACACACACACAGUAACAUAGUAAUAACUGUCUCCUGUGUCAGAUCAUCACUAAGGAGACGGAGGCCAGUGACUGGAGGAGGAAGUAUGAGGACAGCAGACAGGAAGUCAUGGAGAUGAGGUAGGCUAAUUCACAUGUACCAUGCUGUUACCAUUCACCUCAACUGUACUGUGAGGCUAGUAAUGAUGUGAUGUGUGCUGAGCAGUGAACAGACUGAGUGUCAGCUAGUCAAGAUUCAUCAGUAGUCGUUCCUCCUCUCUCACAGAAAGAUUGUGGCAGAGUAUGAGAAGACCAUCGCCCAGAUGAUUGGUGAGUGGCUUAGGUCAACCAAACCUCUUCAAACAUUCCUAUCCAUAAAUGUAGUGGUGGCCUUGAUGCAUGGAAUCAUAAAAUGACCCGUCUGUGUGACCUCUCUCUCUGUCAGAGGAUGAACAGUGCAACACCAUGAGCUCCCAGAAGUCUUUGCAGGCUGUAAGCAUGGAGAAGGAGUCGGCGCUAACAGACCUGAACUCAGUAGAGCGCUCGCUGUCUGAUAUGUUCCGCCGCUAUGAGAACAUGAAGAGCACCCUGGACGGCUUUAAGAAGGUUAGGGGUCAGAGUUCAGGGAUCAAGAAUAGUCUGACCUUAGUAUGAUUAGUCUUUGAGCUCAUAUAUUAGUUAUGUGUAAUGUUGUGGUUCUACUAUUGUGUGUGUGUAGAAUGAGGAGGUAUUGAAGAAGUGUGCUCAGGAGUAUCUGGCCAGAGUCAAGCAAGAGGAGCAGAGAUACCAGACCCUCAAACUCCAUGCCGAGGAGAAACUAGACAAGUAUGACCACACACCACACACACACACACACACACACACACAAACACACACAGAGGAGUCUGUCACUAACUACCAACCCCUACUCUUCCCUUCAGGGCUAAUGAGAACAUAGCCCAGGUACGCAGCAAGGCCAGCUCUGAGAGUGUUGCUCUCACCGCCAGCCUAAGGAAGGAGCAGAUGAAGGUGGAGUCUCUGGAGAAAGCCCUGCAGCAAAAGGUAAGGGCUAACAUUACCUAGCUACAUGCUAACACCCACUGCUAGGCCUAUAGCAGAAGGUAGCACACAAGCAUAGAGAUUGUUAGAGGACGCAACAUUGUAUCUGUCCCAUUAUGGCGUCUGUGAGAGCAUGGGCAGCGCCAUUGAGGCCAUCUCCAUUUUGGAGUAGUCAAUGUUCUUCUUUUACUUCUAUGAGUUGGUAAACAAACGGAAAGGGUGCAUACUGCCACCUGGAGUGUGUCGUUUGAACAGGUAUGAAGCCAAGGUUGGCGAUUUACUGCCACCUGCAGUUAUGGAAUGUUUGCUCACGAGUAUAAUUCAUUGGUUGGUCCCUCCUGAUGAACAGGAUGGAUUGAUGUGAUCCUUCCUUAACCCAUAGUCCUCAGUGGCAUCCUCUAUGGCGCUGCCCAUGCUAAAAAGGCCUUUUGGGCACUAGAGUUCUCUAUCUAUCUCUACGCACACAACCCUAACGCUACAUGCUAAUGCUAACCCUGCAACAAAAGGUAAUGCACAACACUUUUUGCUGACCAGGAAAAACUCCAGGCUUAAGUCCUGAAUCACCAGUCUCCCUGACGUGAUCUUCUGUCUAUUCACAGACUGAGGAGAUCGAGGAGCUCACCAAGAUCUGUGAUGAGCUCAUCGCCAAGAUGGGCAGAACAGACUGA